AUGCCUGACGGCUCCCCCGUCCAUUUUAGCUACCAUUUGUAUGGGACUAUUCGCCUCGGCCGGCGACAAAUAUCAUGUCAGAGGCCCCUUAUUGCUGUUAAACUAACUGCCUUUUGGGAUUUAUCGGACACCCACUUCUCGGAUUCGCAAAGCAGGCAGCAGUCCGCUACUUCGGCACAUUCCUCAUCUGCGUAUCCGGCCAGGACGCCAUCCCCACCGCCCUCGCCUACCAAGCAAAUAGCAUCACAGGCCACUGGAAACGUGCCUUUUGCUCUGCAUCAUUCAUCGGCGCCAGCGGCAUCGGCGGUAUCGCUGGGUCCUUGGUAUUUCGCUCGCAAGACGCGCCGAAUUAUCGGCCGGGGAUAUGCGGGACUGGCUUGCAAUGCGGUGGCUGUUGUGGUUGUCUGUGUUAAUACGGUUGUGUUACGGCGCGAGAAUAGGAAGGCUGAUCGGGAGGGGAAGAUUCUGGAGGCGACGCCGGGGUUUAGAUAUACUAUUUGA